AUGCCAGCAAAACAAAUCGCCUUCGACACCGACGCCCGCGAGAAGAUGCUCGACGGCAUCCGCAAGCUCGCCCGCGCCGUCAAAGUCACCCUCGGACCCUCCGGACGCGUCGUCGUCCUCGAAAAAUCCUUCGGCGCCCCCACCGUCACCAAGGACGGCGCCAUCUUCGCCGAGGGCCUCAAGAACAUCACCGCCGGCGCCAACGCCAACCAGAUCAAGCAGGGCAUCGACCUCGCCGUGACCGCCGUCACCAACGAGCUCACCAAGAUGUCCAAGAAGGUCGCCAACUCCACCGAGAUCGCCCAGGUCGGCGCCUGCUCCGCCAACCAGGACGCCACCAUCGGCCAGAUCAUCGCCGACGCCAUGGACAAGGUCGGCAAGGGCUACCUGAGCCCCCACUUCGUGACCAACACUGCCGAGAUGGCCGUCGAACUCGAAGACGCCUACAUCCUCAUCCACGAGAAGAAGGUCGCCACCGCCAAGGACCUCAUCCCCGUCCUCACCAAGGUCGCCGAGGCCGGCAAGUCCCUCCUCAUCGUCGCCGAGGACGUCGAGUCCGAAGCACUCGCUACCCUCGUCGUCAACAAACUCCGCGGCGUCCUCAAAGUCUGCGCCGUCAAGGCCCCCGGCUUCGGCGACCGCCGCAAGGAGAUGCUCCAGGACAUCGCCACCCUCACGGGCGGCCAGCCCGUCAUGGAAGAGCUGGGCAUCGACCUCGAGAAGCUCGCCCUCAAGGACCUGGGCCGCGCCAAGAAGAUCACCGUCACCAAGGACGAGACCAUCAUCGUCGAGGGCGCCGGCACCUCCAAGGACAUCAAGGGCCGCAUCGACCUCCUCAAGUCCCAGAUCGAAGCCUCCAGCUCCGACUACGACCGCGAGGCCGCUGUGGAAGAGGGAAUUCUUCCGGGGGGCGGCGUCGCCGUCCUCCGCGCCCGCAAGGCCCUGGACACCCUCCGCAAGUCCGCCACGGGCGACCAGCGCCUGGGCAUCGACAUCGUCCACCGCGCCCUGUCCGCCCCCGUCAAGCAGAUCGCCGCCAACUGCGGCCUCGACGGCUCCGUCAUCGCCAACAAGGUCGAGGAAUCCAAGGACACCAACUUCGGCUUCAACGCCCUCACCCAGGAGUACGGCGACAUGGUCAAGAUGGGCGUCAUCGUCCCCACCAAGGUCGAACGAGUCGCCCUCCAGAACGCCGCGAGCAUCUCCGGCCUCCUCCUCACCACCGACGCCGCGAUCACCGAGAUCAAGGAGAAGAAGGCGAAGGCGGGAGCGGGGGCGGGGAUGGAUGACUUUGAUUACUGA